UUUAGCCUUCCUAGUCCACUAACCUCUCUCAUGCUUUUAGGUCAGUUACGGACGAUACUAGCAAAAUCCACUGGAUUGUGUUUUGAUCUUUUAAGUAGAGGGUUUUUUUGUUGUUUUUUGUUUAAGAGGUUUUUUCCCCCAGUUUGUUCGGUGAACCCUUGAGAAAGCUAGGUAUUUCUACGGGAGGCUGAGUACUCGGUGGGCGGGGUGAAGAGUGCUCCUGGGAUGGCUUCCGCUUGGCCCGCCCACCUUCACUCUAGCGGCACGGGGGCGGGGUGACGCACCAUGGCAACCAGCCUGUGCGUCUGGAAAGCAAACUGCUACUGAGCACUGUGGUUCCCAUCGUCACCACUCCAAGGAGAAUUGAAGAUGUACAGCCAGCAGUUUGGCACUGUCACAAGGGAAUUCAAGGGCCCUACUCCCAAGGCGGUGAUCAUAAGAGCCAAGCAUCCCAAAGCUCAGAAGGCUGAGCAACACCUAAAAAGAAUCCAGCGCAGCUACCACAAGCAUCACACUAUUUUGGCCUCCAUCAAGGAAAAUGAGCAGAAUCACCUGAAAGUUGACUGGCUCCAGCGCAAUGACCGCAAGUACUUUAACAAUCUCCUGCAAUCAAAAGUCAAGAAUGCCAUGCAAGGCUUUUUCAUCGACACUGAAGAGAGGCGUAAUAAGCUGCGUGAACUUUUAGCAUCAGAAGAGAAUGAGUAUUUUACUGAAAUGCAAUUGAAAGGAGAAACCAUUGAAGAGAAAAAGAACAGAAUGAAAGAGAGAACCAAAUUAUUAAGAGAGAAGAAAGAAAAAGAGAGGCUGGAUUUUGUAGCGGAAAAAUUACAUCAGCAAUUCAGGGAACACUGUGAGGAGCUCCGCAAUAAAUUAGUUGAUGUUCAUGAGAAAAGGGUGGUUGAGGAGCGGAAAGCACAGAUAGCAUUCAACAAGGAGCUGAAAAGGCAAAAACUGGUGGAAGAGCGUAUGUUCGCACAACUCUGGGAGGAAGACAGAUUAGCCAAGGAAAAGAGAGAAGCCCAAGAAGAGAAGAGAAGGAAAGAGAUGGUGGAAAAUACACGCCUGGGGCUGAAUGCUCAAGUCACCAGCAUUCUGGCACAAAGGCAGGCGGAACUGCGGAUGAAGGAAGCAGAGGGCCGCUUCCUGGAGCAGAACAGUGCACAGAUUAAACUACAGAAUGAACAAGAGAAGCUCCAGAAACUGAAGACAAUGCAGGAGACUAGGAACAUUUUGGAAAAAGCCUUGCAAGAGAAGAUAGAGUAUAUGCAGCAGGAGUAUAGAGAGGAUACGAACUUGAACAUGAAACUCGUGGGAAGGGCCCUUCAAGACUUACAAGAGGAAGAAGAUAAGAAGAAGCAAAAGAGAGAAGACAUGGGACGAGAACAGAAGAUAUAUAAUGACUAUCUAAUACAACGACGAAAGGAAGAAAAGGCCCAGGAGAAAGAACUGGACAGAAUACUAGAGGACAUAAAGGCAAAGAAGAUGGCUGAGAAAGAUCGGCAGCUGACUCUUGAAAAGGAGGCAAGGAAGCAACUCUCAGAUGAAGUCAUGUGUACAAGAAAACUCCAAGUUCAAGAAAAACAGCAACGAAAACUCAAAGAAGAAGAAGAACUUGCUAAGGAACAGGAGCGUAUAAAUGAAGGCCUGAAGGUCCUUGACUAUGAAGAGAGUCAGAAUUUUGCCAGGCGCUGUUACUUGGCUAAGGAGUAUAAGGAUCAACUUCAGAUGCAGAUUGCCUAUCAGCAGCAGGCUCGAGAGGCCGCGAAGGCAGAUGAGUGGAAGGAAUUUGAAGAGGCGAUGGCAGCGAGCAAAGUCCACCAGGACAGGAUACAGGAGAUUGUCGCUGGUGCUCAAGCUCUGUCCCAGCGGGUUCACCCCAUGCGCCGGGCAUUCCCCGACAGGCUUCCGCAAUAGCUUUCUAAACAUCAAUGAAUGAAAGGCUAGAAUUCGGACCAGACUGCUGCUCAGGCUACAAUCCCUGCAGCAGCCCUUCCCCUCUCGUAGACACUGACAAGUGCCUGUUGAGACCUUGUCUAACUUUCUGGCUAACAGACUUGCAGGUGCGCAGAUUUCUCACCCGGGGAAGUGAGUUCACAGUAAAAGAGAUGUUGGGUAGGUGGGGGUAGCACAGUUCUGCUCCCCACUUCUUCCCUGACUUCUACCUGAGAAUUAGAGAGCCAGGCUAUAGGCAUGUGCUAUGAAUGCCCUAGAAAUCUGAAGAGAAGACUCCCUACCAUGUGUGCCUGACUCCUCUCCUCAGAGCCCCCACCAUGCUGUUGUCUAUGUGUCUAUUAUCCACAGCAUUGAUAACUUUUCUAAUAAACUCCUUAAGGACACAAGGCUACUCUGAUCCUCAUCUAACUUUGGUGUGAGUUAUGACCUUUGUAGUCUUUGCCUUAUAGGCUGUACCCCUGAGCUUUGGCACCAAGAGACUUGGAGGCAUGGUCACUAGCCAAGGAAGGACACCUAUGCUUUGAAUUGGCUUAAUUAGCAUAGUUGUCUUCAUCUCUCUCAAUUGGUUUAUUACAACAUCACAUAUACUAGCAAUAAAUAAAACAUGCAGGUAUAUAUAGGCAAAAAGGGCCAAGGAAAGAACACCCUGCCCCCAGCCUGACCCAAUCAUUCAAUUUUACCGAAAAAGACUCAGGAGCCAGAUGCUGGGGUGAAAACUUGCUAGCUCAGAGAGGUAGAAAAAGCACCCAGCUGACCUUCCUACUCAGCUCAAGUCCCGAAGGAAAAAAGCUAAAAACCAAAAGCUUGCUAGCUCAGCUGACAGCCCAGGAAAAAAGGCCUGCUAGCUCACCCAACAGCUUAGGAGGAAAAAGCCAAAAGCUAAAAGGCUAAAAAGCUCUUUCUUCUUCUCCACACCAUCUUAAAUACUCUUCCCUCAAAGUCCUUCCUUUCUACUUAAUCCCUGACAGCUGGUUUCUUGUUCUGCCUCUUGACCUAGGGUUAACUUUAUUAAAUCCUGUGUAUUGAAAACUCUUGGAUUUACAGGUGUAUGCUAGGGCUGAGCUACACCAAAAUCACCUGCUUACAACAAACAAAGUUCUUGGAUUAAAGCUGUGUGUUAGGGCUGAACCAUACCAAACAAGAAACAGGUUUUUAUAGUUCACAAUGGGAUCAAAUAUCCUCUAGUACCCUGCCCCUCAUGACUCCGUGUUAACCGACAAACAAAGUUGUUGGCCAGGCAAUACUUUGGGCCACUCUUCUUUUCCACAUGCUCCAAAAAUCCUAUAAAAGGCCCUCUCCUCAGCCCAGCCCUCUGCUAUCUCUACUCAGGUCAGAGGCAGUUGCCAUUCUGUUCUUAUCAGGCACAGGCCUGUAAUCCUAGCACUUGGGGAGGCAAAAGCAUGCAGAUCUCUGUGAAUUCUAGGCUAGCCUAGAACCUGGUCUAAAAAUCAAGUACAGGAUAGCCAAGGCUACACAGAGAAACCUUGUGUAAAAACAAACAAACAAAAAAGAAUAAAUCUUGUUUCUUAGAUCUGAUGUAAACUGCAAACCGUUUUUCAACCUACACUAAGCUUUUGAGAGACCAAAGAAUUAAGAAUUAGGUUUUUGGGGGUACUGAACUAAAAUGUUUAAGGUAUAACUGGCCAAGAUGACCUUGCUGCUUCUAGACAUAGCUGGCCAGCUGCAGGGAAGAGCUGACCUUGAUGCAUUCCUUUUCACUCAUUAGAGGUACUGUUGCCAGGAAACCGGCAUAGCCUUGCUCCUGGAAAUAGCAAAGACUGAACUAAUUGCCCCUCUCCCUUAGCAACAGCCUAUCAGCCCAGGGCAGGACAUUCCAACUGAAACCCAAAGCCGGCAGUUCUUCCCCUCCUUCUACCCUAACAAGAGAGAACAAAAGAGCCAGAACCAGUUAUGGCAUUGAUGCCUUCCCACGGCAAAUAGUUUUGAAAUGUAGCCUCCUCUUUUAUGUUUUAACGAAUAGAAGCUUUCCAGGCUGGAAUCCCCCUGCUUUGGGUGUGCUGGGAGGGACUGGGACCUAUA